CUCCGGCGUCAGACGAUGGCUAGGGCCGCGCCGCCCAAUGCCUCGCUGAGGGGACUUGGACAAGGGGCGGGUCAGGCGAGGCAGGCGGAACGGCCCGGCGCUUGGAAGAGGGCUAAGGGGCGUUGGCUCGCAUCUCCUCCUUCCGCACAGACCAUGUUGGCCUCGCUGAGGCUCCUCAGGGUGGUCGCGGCGGCGGCAGCGCCGAGCGGGGUCCCGGCCCAGGUUUCAUCAUCUUUUGCUACAGGGCCCAGACAAGAGGAUGGCACAUUUUAUGAGUUUCGUACCUAUACAGUUAAGCCAGACAAGAUGAAAGAUUUUCUGGAGCUGACAAGUAGAAACAUUCACCUCCGCACAGCCCAUUCCCAGAUGAUUGGAUAUUGGACCUUAGAAUUUGGGGGACUAAACAAAGUAUUCCAUAUUUGGAAAUAUGGGAGUUUUGCGCAAAGAGCUGCUGUCCGGACAGCGUUGGCCAAAGACCAGGAAUGGCAAGAAAAAUAUAUGUCUCAGAUGUUGCCUUUGUUAGACAAACAAGAUAACGAAAUUGCCUACCUUGUACCUUGGUGUCAACUUGGGAGGCCUGAAAAGGAUGGAGUUUAUGAAUUGGUUACCUUCCAAAUGAAACCUGGUGGACCAGCAGUAUGGGGCCAGUCAUUUAAAGCAGCAGUUAAUGCCCAUGUAAAGACAGGAUACACUAAGCUGAUUGGCGUCUUCCACACAGAAUAUGGACAACUUAACAGAGUUCAUGUGCUUUGGUGGAAUGAGAACCCAGAUAGUCGGGCAUCUGGAAGACACUAUGCACAUGAGGAUCCCAGGGUAGUGGCUGCAGGUUCCCUAUUUAAGGUUGCAGGUCUUACACAUAGUCAAUGGCACAUUCUCAUUGAGUUCAGGAGGUCUUCUGAGUAGGUCUACAGGAUUGCAAUAUUAAGCUUCAAUUCUAAAUAGAUUUAUUUGUCAUGGGAUUCUGUAUUCUGACACACAACCCUACCCCCACUACCCUGUUUUCUUCAGAUGAACAGAUCCUACCAACA